AUGUAUGCAUUCAUUUUUAUAUAUUUUUCUAAUUUUUUUUCCUUUUUUUUCUUUUUUCUUGUUCCAUUCUUCGUUCAUCCAGCUCGAAAUAGAUUUCCUUCGACGAGCAGCAGCACAGAUGAUCCAGAUUCCGGAUCCGAUUUGGAACACGAAGACAGAUUGUCAAAUUCCAGAGUUAAACAAAUGCAAAACACGACCGUGAGAAAGAGGAGAGGGAAUUUGCCCAAGCAUUCUGUUAAAAUAUUGAAAAGGUGGCUCUACGAGCACAGGUACAACGCUUAUCCGAAUGACGCCGAAAAGCUUACCUUGUCUCAGGAAGCUAAGCUUACUGUACUUCAGGUGUGUAAUUGGUUUAUAAAUGCAAGGCGUCGAAUUCUGCCGGAAAUGAUACGAAGGGAAGGUCACGAUCCGCAGCAUUACACCAUUUCCCGUAGGGGGAAAAAAAUUUCUGCCAGUCCGACUUACCAAUCACAUGCGUCUUCAGUUACCUCUGGUGCCUAUAAUUCGAGGACGAAAUCUUCGUCUUCUUGGCUGAAUCUUCGUAGUGCUGAAAAAGCAUCCGGCGAUCAGGAAUCCAAUCAUCAUCGUCUCAUGCUCGGUCAAGAUUACGAUGAAAGAAGUACGCGAAGUAUUAUUUACGGCAGCGAAGAAGACUACGAAAGCAGUUCUCCUAGCGAAGAAGAAGCAAGGCAACCGUGGCACAGUGUCAUCGUGUGCAGGUACGGUUGCGGUAAAAACUGUGGUGCGCACACCAACAGUAAAAGGGAUACCCCGGAAGAAGUGUUCAGCCCGCGACACGAUUAUUGGACAAAUCAACAAUCGUGUCAGCCUCAGGCUCAGCAAUCCAAGCCUUCAAUCAUAAAAUCCGAAUUAUCAACAACCACUGGUUAUAAAAAAGACUUUUCACAUUCAGAAGAAACUCCUCCGCCCACGCCUCCGGAAAAAGGAGAGGACAAAGACAAAUUCAAAUGUUUAUACCUAUUGGUAGAAGCAGCGGUUGCCAUUCAACAGCAAGAACAAGAACACGAUCAACGACAUAUUGUCCAGCAAGCGUAA